AUGCUUUAUUCUUAACGAUGAAGGACGUUGUUUCUGUCCAAUAUAUCUACCCAACAAUUCCAUUCAAUUUCAUAGAUUUUCCUCUCAUCUUCCUUAAACUAAUACCACAACAACUCCAAAAGAAACCCCGUCAACCUCGGAUUUUUAUAAAACCAAACCCCUGUUUUUCCUCUGAUUCUCCAAUAUUCCUGUUUUAUUAUUUUUCCAACAUCCUAAUAAUAUAACUUUCCUAAAUUCACGAUUUGCCUAUAAACAAUUAAACAUGUCAACCACAAUAUCUUCCUAAGGAUAUUUUUCCAAUCCUCCUUUACUUCUCAAAUCAUUCAUUUCCUUAUUUUCUGCUGCUUCAACAUAUUCUUUCAUUGCGCCCAAUUCCUUUUGGAACAACACCACCAAAUCCAUGAUAUAGUUCGUGAGUAUAUUAUAUUCACACAAGGUUCCAAUAAUGCAACAACAACAACAUCGUAUGGAUCAACAUGACGAGAGUCACACGAAGAAUCAUAUGAGAAAAUCGGCAUCUGAAAAAACCAAUGCCAAGGUUAAUGAAGUAAUAUCCACAAAGAGGAUUAAUUCAGUGCCACAAAACAACACUGAACCAUUAGAUGAAAACACAAUGGCAUUAUUGUCUGAUUACAAGAGGAAAAUUCAAGAAUCAGAGGCUGAAUUGGAAAAGCGAAAAGAAUCCGAAUCGAAUUUGUUUGAUACAUUGGUGAUGCAAACAAAACAGCUUGAGCAGAACAAGAUUUUGCUUGAAGAGUCAAGGCUUGAGAUUUCUUCUCUUGAAGAAAAAUUAAAGACACUUCAAUUAGGUUCAAACCAAACCAACAAUAUCAAAGGCUUAGAGGGUAUGAAAGUAAUUGAACAAGAGUUACCAAAAAAGAAGUUAAAUGAAACUCAAGAUGAACCAUCUAUGAAGGUGAAAAAUUUAGUUGAAGAAUUGGAUUUACUUAAAAGCGAAUUGAUAUCGGCAACAAAAGCAGAAGAAAAUAGCAAGAAAGCUAUGGAUGAUUUAGCAUUUGCAUUAAAAGAAGUAGCAACAGAAGCUAAUCAAGUGAAAGCGAAAUUAACCUUAAGCCAAGUCGAACUAGAGCACACGAAAGGAGACGCCGAGCGUUGGAAAACAAUGUUGGAAAACACAGAAGAGAAGUACAAAGAGCUUCUUGAUGUGACAAGAAAAGAAGCUGAUAGGUUCAAAAACACGGCCGAGCGAUUGAGAUUAGAAGCUGAAGAAUCACUUUUGGCAUGGAAUGAGAAAGAAACUGAGUUUGUGACUUGUAUUAAAAGAGCUGACGAGGAAAGGUUGCUUGCACAACAAGAAACAACAAGACUACUUGAUUUGCUCAAAGAAGCUGAGAAUAAAACAAAGGUUUCAAAAGAAGAGAAUCAAAAGCUGCGUGAUAUACUAAAACAAGCUUUGAAUGAAGCUAAUGUAGCAAAAGAAGCUGCUGAAAUUGCAAAAGCUGAAAAUGCUAGACUACAAGAUAGUCUCAGUUUGCUUGUUCAUGAGAAUGAGACGUUGAAAAUUCAUGAAGCUGCAUCAUUUGAGAAUAUCAUCGAGUUGAAAAGAAUGCUAUCAGAAUCAUCAACAAAAGAGUUUAAAAAUGAAGAUAUUGAGAAAUCGACAACAAAGGAGGAUAAGGAAUCGGGUAAAAAAGCGAAGGCGCAUAACUCAGGCGAUCAUCAUAAAGAACAUAGAGAAUCAAAGAGUUUAAGCAAAACUUUUAGCCUUAAUUUAAAAGACAUGAUAACAACACAUAAGCAACAACACAAAGUGGGAAAUGAAUUAGAGGUUAACAAAGAUAUUAGAGAAGAUGAUACGUUAAGGGGUUCAAUAUUCGAUGAAGUUGAUUCAUCUGAUUCGGAAUCGCAUCAUGAUGUGGACAUGGGAAUUCCAGAUGAUUUUGAACAUUAUGACGAAUCGCAUUUUGAUGAAUCUGAGGGUGAUAGAAACAACAGAAAAAGUAAAGCUUUGUUGAAAAGAUUUGGUGAUCUUAUAAGGAGAAAAAAUACUAAUCAUCAUUUUCACCGAAAAGAACUUUCCCAUGAGGAACAUCUACAAACGUAAUGCAGAUUCUUCAAGGAUAAAAUACUAUUAGACUGUAUUGUAAUAAUGUUUAUAUUGUUUUACUUUGUAUUUGUUUGAUGUGUACAUAGUUUCACAGAUUAUGCAUACACCUAUUUUGAGACCUCAUUCUUGUGAAGUUGAUAGAGUAUAUGCAAUAUGAUUAUUAAUAUACAACUGAGUAUGUACAUGUAGGGAGUCAUGUGUUGAAAAUUGACUAAUGCAACUUUAUGCUAGUCGUCUUCAUAUUGCAAA